UAACCGAUUGAAUAUCUUUGAAUUGUUUAGUACUUCGACAUGUGUUUACUAUGUUGUCAGUUGUUUUACGUUUGUAAAUUUGUAACACAUUUAUAGAAGGUGAAUUGUGUGCUGGAAUUUGUUGGAAAACGACGAGUAACGCUUAAUAAUGGCUAAACAUCAUCCUGAUUUGAUAUUUUGCCGAAAACAGCCUGGCGUCGCUAUUGGACGCCUGUGUGAGAAAUGCGAUGGGAAGUGCGUUAUUUGUGACUCCUACGUGCGGCCCUGUACGCUGGUGCGUAUUUGUGACGAGUGUAACUACGGGUCCUACCAAGGCCGAUGUGUGAUUUGUGGAGGACCUGGGGUUUCUGAUGCUUAUUACUGCAAGGAAUGUACGAUACAGGAAAAAGAUAGAGAUGGCUGCCCCAAAAUAGUUAAUCUGGGCAGUUCGAAGACUGAUUUGUUCUAUGAACGGAAAAAGUAUGGCUUUAAGAGAAGAUGAAAUGUGGAACGUAACAGUUUUGGGCACUGUCUGAAAUGGAGUAUGAUACUGAUGUACAGAAGAUAUGCUACUUUUCGGAUGUCACUGCAUCCCAGUACAAGAAUAAAAAGAAUUUUUUAAACUCAUGCUUCACAAAGAAGAUUUUGACAUUGAAACAGAAUGGCAUUUUUUUGGUCUCUGCUAAUGGAAAAGGACCUUGCACUGGUGUCAGUGAUACUUUUAAGAGAUUAGGAACAAAAUCAAGUCUGCAGAGGCUGUACAACAACCAAAUUUCUUACUCUGCAACAACUUUUUGAUUGGUCAAUUAAAAACGUUACAUUUGUACAUUUUGAAUUUUCAACACAAGAAAGGUACAUUGAAAUUGUGAGAUUUCUGGAAUAGUGCUUUAGUCAAUCUGUUUCCAAAAAAGGGACAUGGAUGUUAUAUGCUUUUAAACUGACUGUGUGAAGUACAUCAAAAAUAUUAGUAAAGACUUUUUCAGACACAAAAGAAUCUACUGUUGAAACAGUUUCAAAAUUUCCAGGAAGAUAGGCUUUGAAAGACAUUCAAGGAUAUGUUACUGUUGUCUAUGACAAGAAAUGACAUUUAGCUUAUAUUUUAACAAAAGACGAAGAUCUUGAAGAUGUUAAAGUUACUUUCCUUCAUCCAGCUGGCCCUUCACUGUUUUAUGCAUGUCCUAUAAAACCAGAUAUUCUGUGGUUAUUUGUAAAUGGUAUUCUUUGUAAGGUAAACCCAGUAACACCGACAGGAAGAAUAUGUCAGUUUCCUGAGAAUGAAACUGUAAAAAGGAAAAGAAACAUUUAAUAAGAAGCUCAAUCUUAAAACAUGGAGUGUUUAAAUUGAAUUUUGCUAGAGACAUUUGGAAUGUUGUGUUAGUAUUAAAUUUGAAUGUGUACAUAGAUGUAUUAAGAAUGGAAUUAUGUGUAUUUCUCUUCAAAGCUACAAAUUUUAUGAAAAUGUCAUUUUUUAGUGAAAUGUGAAUUUUUGAAAUUUUAUAAGCUGUGAAUCCAUUGCAGUCCAACAUUCAUACUCGCGGAAUUGGUUGACUGAAGCAUUAUAUAUCAUUUUUUGAAAAUUUUUAUAGAGGCACUUUUUGAGCAAUUAAAAA